UACAUUCAUUAUUGUUGGUGCUCUCCCAAAAGGAAUCCUUAAUCUGACUAAUUGGAGUAUAAUUAUGCAUGUUGAUAUGUCUGAACUGCUCAAUUGGAUCACAACUAUACUAUUGACACCCUUCUCAAUCUUACAUUUUCCUCAGACAAACACAAAUACCUAAGCAUGCACCCACACAGGCACGGACAUGAUUCAAGACUGUCCAGACUCCUAGUUUUUAUAAGGGGGUUAGGGGAGCAGAUGGAGACGAUAGGAUGCAGCCACAACAUUGUCUGAUACUGGACAUUGCAUAGUGGUCACAUUUUAUAACCUCCACAACACAGACACACUCCUGCACACAUACACACGAAUCCUUUGUCUCACUCUUAAGUAUGAGAAUUCAACUUUCCUGAGACCUAAUUCUGAGGCUGCAAAACAAUUACAAAGUGUUCCAGAACUAAACAUAUCCACACAGACCAGUAGGGAUCAUUUCAAUGUGUCUGCUGUGAGGGCAUAAGCUCACCCUGAACAGAGAUGAAACUGCAGACAGACUGCAGUUUCAGAGCUAAUUAGAGCCUGAGGUGCUUCAAUGAUACCACACCCCCCACCCCUCCCCUCCUCCGAUCAACACAACCGUGAAAACACUGCAUAAUACUUGGGUCAUGUGUGGGACUGGAUAUCAUGGUGCUGGAAGAAGAAGAAAAAAAAUACACACAUACAUAUAGAAAUGACUUAUCAUUUUUGAGCUGUUUGAUGUAAUUUUUCAGAAUGAUUUAUCUGUGUCUUGCUUAAUUCAGACUGUUUGAGUUUUUAUGUAAAAUAAUUCAAAUUUGGGUUUCUACCAUAAUCUCUGUGCAUUGGGCCUGGGCUAAAGUAUCUGUACCUCAGUGUUGUCAUAGUCCUCAUGAAAGAUCCAGCCAGCUUGUUAGUGUAGUGGUGCGUUUGACCAAGGUAUUAUCAGGGCAGUAAUUGAGUGGACGGGAAGUGAGGUAAUUAAAGAGCACAUACUCAGCUGGAGGCCAGAGUCGCAGAUGUCUAUAGGAGUGGGAGGUAGAAUUGGGGAACAUUCUAGAAGAGAUCCGGUAGUGGCGGUGGGCGAGAAAGGAGGGGUUGCUUUUGUGUGUGAGAUGAGAAGUGUUGGGGAGGGGUUAUCUCUGUGCAUGUGGAUUUAUAUGUUCAUGUAAUGUUUGUAUGUAUGUCUGUGAGUAUGUGGGUUUGGGAAGAGGUCCUAUUGUUUGUGUUAGCGUAUUUAUGCGCACGUGUGUGUGUGUGUGUGUGUGUGCGCUCACAAGCCUAUGUUUUGGUCUGAGGUUGCCUUCUGCUUCCUCCUCUCUGGGGACCCUGUCUGGUUGGUGUUGUCAUUUAAUAUCACGAGACGGUCUUGCAGAGCACCUGCUCCUUACAUUUGGGGGGCAGGGUCAGCGAAAGGGGGAGGUGCAGGAGAACGGGAGGUGGCUUUUGUGCUAGAAUGAACGAUAGGCUACGUGGAAAAUAUCGCAUAAUACAUUAUGUACAUGGCGCUUAACAGCACAGGCACAGCAAAAUAAUGCUGAGUGCAGUGAAAUUGAACUUUUGAAGCUAUUGUGUUUUGGCGUAAUACCCCAUUGGAGGGGGCUAAAAGUGGCUUAGAUAUGCCUAUUACAACAACGCUGGCUGCUUGAGACCCAAUCUGAGCCUACAUCUUUUCAACUCGACGUAGACAUACUACUUAGUUGGCCUGUAGCCUAUUAUUUUGUGUUCCUUUUGUGGGAAUUGUGGGUUUGUAAGCUGUGUUCGCAUACUGUAAAAUAUAACUCAUGUAAACGCUUUGUUGAAAUACUGUAUUUAUAGCAUGGUUCACACAGUCACGUUAUUAAUAACAUUUUGCAUGCCGAUCUGCUCCAAUUGAUUUUGUUGUUGUUUUUUUUGUUCAAUCUGCCCUAAAAUGGAUGGUUAUUGGUAUUCAUUAUCGUCUCCGAAGGUUGCGCCAACUACAUAGAGUAGCCUAGGCAAGGUUUAGAGCAGACAUGGAACUGCCUCAUUUUUAUAAGGUAGUAGAACAUAUUCAAAAACUAAAAGUUAAUCCCGGCACGGGGUUUACAUUGCACAGGGCUGGCCCGUGCGCCAUAACUAUUCCUCCCCCCUUUAUAAAAAUUAUAUUGUUAAUUUCCCCAAACCUCUUGCUGACAAUUUAUGUAAUAACAUAGAAUAGGUUGACAUAUUUUCUUGCAUGUUCAUGUGAUUUCUUUAUCCUCUUCUUGAAAUAGACAUACAUUUUCUUAGCAAAUGGGCACAUUUCUGUAUCCUUGGUUACAAUGGUGCAGCCUUGGCGCUUGCCUCUGAACACCAGCCCUGCACACCGUGAUUGGAUUAGGCCGGUGGUUGCACGUCGCCCAUUGGGCAGCGCUAUAAAUACACCAGCCUCAUUGCAUACGGAGCUCCCCCUUUUUACUAGAGCCUAAACACAUUUUUAUAAAACAUUGUUGGAUAAUAACACACAUGGAAUUAACAUUCUUUUUAUCCGAUGCGUGAAAAUAAAACCAACCGUUAUUUUUGAUUGAAGACUGUUUUUCUUUUAAUGAAAGAGAGGAAAGCCGUUGCCAUGACGACAGACGAGGCAGAGAGCCAGCAGAAGAAGCCGAGGCAGCAGGGAGAGCCGGAAGCGCAGGACCCUGGGCCCUCGGAGCCCCAGGACGCCUCGCCCACCGCCCCCCAGAGCCCCGGCUCGCCCUCCCCCGAGGAGGAGCAGCUGAAGCCACGCACCCGCACCUCGGCCGGCCGGGGCCUCUCGCGUCUCUUCUCCUCCUUCCUGAAGAGGCGCUCGCAGUGCGAGGGGGAGGCCGGAGAGAAGGACCACAAGGGGGAGGACGAGCCCAAGGCUCCCAUCGCCGACCCGGAGCCAGAGCUGAGGCUGGAGGGCGACGCCGCGCUGGACCAGCACUCAGUCAGCAGUGUGGAGGCUCAGCCUGUCCAGGUAGACCAGAAGGAAGACCCUGACACCGAGAAAGAGUCUGAGGACGAGGGGGAAAAGGAGAAAGACAAGGAGAAAGGAGAGGACAGUGAGCAGGAGAAGGAGGAGGACGAGGAGUCCAAGCCGGAGGGAGAGGCCGAAGGAGAGGGCGAAGGAGAGGGAGAAGGAGAGGGAAAAGACAAGGCUGCAGAGGACGAAGUCAAACCUCCCAAAGCCCCCCGUCGACCCACGAUCAUGCAGUGCAAAGUCACAUUGCUGGAUGACACUCUGUAUGAGUGUGAGCUGGACAAACAUGCCAAGGGCCAGGAUCUCUUCUCCAAGGUGUGUGACCAUCUUAAUCUGAUGGAGAGGGACUACUAUGGCCUGGCCAUCUGGGAGACACCCUCCAUGAAGACCUGGAUGGACUUCACCAAGGAGAUCCGCAGACAGGUGCAUGGCACUACCUAUGACUUUACCUUCAAUGUGAAGUUCUACCCUCCUGACCCCGCCCAGCUCUCUGAAGACAUCACCAGGUACUUCCUGUGUCUGCAGCUGCGGAAGGACAUCCUGGCCAGCAGGCUGCCCUGCUCCUUCGUCACGCUGGCCCUGCUGGGCUCCUACGCCCUGCAGUCGGAGCUGGGCGAGUACGACCCCGAGGUGCACGGGACGGACUACGCCAAGGACCUGCGCCUGGCUCAGGGCCAGACCAAGGAGCUGGAGGAGAAGGUGAUGGAGCUGCACCGCACAUACAGGGCGAUGAGUCCAGCGCAGGCAGACAUGAUGUUCCUGGAGAACGCCAAGAAACUCUCCAUGUACGGGGUGGACCUUCACCAGGCUAAGGACUUGGAUGGGGUGGACAUAAUGCUGGGAGUGUGUUCCAGUGGUCUGAUGGUUUAUAAGGACAAGCUGAGGAUCAAUCGUUUCCCCUGGCCCAAAGUCCUCAAGGUUUCAUACAAACGCAGCAGCUUCUUCAUCAAGAUUCGUCCCUCAGAGAUGGAACAGUAUGAGAGCGCCAUUGGCUUCAAACUGCCAAACUACAAGGCCUCCAAGAAGCUUUGGAAAGUUUGUGUGGAGCAUCAUACCUUCUUCAGGCUGACGUCCACUGAGGUGGCUACCACUCCCAGGAAGUUCCUGGCGCUGGGCUCCAAGUUCCGCUACAGUGGCCGGACCCAGGCCCAGACACGCCAGGCCAGCUCUAUGAUCGACAGGCCAGCCCCGCUGUUCCAGCGCUCGUCCAGCAAGAGGAACUCCAGGAGUCUUGAUGGAGCCAUGGCGUCCACCCCGGAUAAGAACACCCGCCCCGUCAGCGCCCCCAUUAUGACCCCUGUGUCCCCAGUGGAGGCGGCCCCCUCACCCGUGACCUCGGCUCUGCCGCGCGGCGGGGAGCGCCGGCAGGCCUCCACCCCGACGGGACGGCGGUCUCGCUCUGCGGAGAGGAAGGCUGAGAGCCGAUUGGCUGACUCCACCAAGACACACAGCCCCAGGCCUGAGUCCACCCCAGACAUCAAGACGGUGGCCAGGAGAGAGCGGAGGCACGCCCCCGCUGUCACAGCCACCAACGGAGAAAGGGAAAGAAAGAGCCAGCAGUCGCCUCGAGACAGAACCAGCACGGAGAUGGUGCGAGUGAGGAAGAAGAGAACUAAGAAACUUGAGGGUGAAACUAUUUAUAUCAGACAUAGUAAUUUAAUGUUGGAGGAUCUGGAUAAGACCCAGACAGAAAUCAUGCGUCACCACACCAGUAUCAGUGAGCUGAAAAGGAGCUUCAUGGAGUCCGUGCCAGACCCCAGGCCCAGCGAGUGGGACAAACGCCUGUCCACCAACUCACCGUUCCGCACCGCCAGCAUCAACGGCCAGCUGCAGCCAGACGGGAGCCCUGUGAUGAAGACGCAAACCAUCACGAUCUCUGAUGUCACCAACUCGGUGCGAGGCACAGUAGACAACAAAGAGAUCCCCAUUGUGCACACCGAGACCAAGACCAUCACAUACGAGUCAGCACAGCCCGUGGACAGCCUGGCAGAGAGGGACACUGGGAUGCUGCUGAGUGCCCAGACCAUCACCUCAGAGACAGUCAGCACCACCACCACCACACAGAUCACCAAGACAGUGAAAGGUGGGAUAUCAGAGACUCGCAUCGAGAAGAGGAUUGUCAUCACUGGAGACACUGAGAUCGAUCAUGAUAAGGCUUUGGCUCAGGCCAUAAAGGAGGCCAAGGAGCAGCACCCAGACAUGUCUGUUACCAAAGUGGUCGUGCACCAGGAAACAGAGAUCACUCCAGAGUAGGCCCCACCACACCCCAGCCACACUGCCAGUGGAAACAGGGCACCAGGAACAGAAACACAUGCAGCUCUUGCCCACCCUUCCCCGAUCGUGUCCCCUCUCCUACACGUUUACCUCAGAACCCCUCCCCCCAUCAACACCCCCAUCCCCAACCUCACUGCCUUGGACAGACACACCAGACCAGAUCUUCUAACUGCCAAAACCUGAAUGACCGAACAACAUCAAACUAUCUUUUUCUAAGUGUAAUGAAGUAAAAGAAAUAACAUUAUUUGACUUUUUCACCUCUCCAAUUUGUCUGGAGAUUUUAAGGACAUUUCCGAGGGCAUUCGAUCUUUUAGUCGUGUCGAGACUUAGUUCAUAUUUUUCUAUGGCUUUUCUUACCGCUGUAAUUGGUUAUCAAUAUUUUCAAGUUUUGAGGGACAUUCUGGAAGGCAGGAUUGUGGGUGAUUGAUCUGGGACUCUCCACCAUCACAAAGAUGAAUUCCUCUUCAAGUUUAAAACACAACUGAGUUUAGUGUCAUCUCUUGUACAGUAAAAGUUUAUUUUAUUUUCCCUCUCAAUGUCAAAAAUAUUUUUUCAAUUUAAGUGUAAAAAAGAUUGAUCAAAACUGGGGGGGACCUUAGAGUGUUUCUCCUCUUUUGAACGUAAUUAUCUGGUGAAUGAUAUUUUCAUAGAUUUAUUAUUUUAGUUGUCAUUGUUGUAGUCAAUCGAGUAGCUAAGGAUUCAGGAGAAGGAAGUGUAUUUAAAAAAGCAUAAUUUAAUUAAUUUAUUUAUUUUCAUCUUUGUCUUACUUUUGUGAAUUUGUCCAGCAUUUAGAUGACCCGUCUGUUCACCACUGGUCUAUAGUCACAUGUUUUUGUAUUAGGUCACAUCACAGAGCAUUCCAGUCACCAGCUACAGCUGGGUUUUUGGGUGGGGGGGCAUGGCAGAGGCAACUUGAUGUCCUGCAUUCAUUUGUAUGUAUUUCUACUUUUCUACCAAAGGGGGCAGUGUGUACUCAUCCACAGAGAGGAACAAGCAUGUAGUCUUUCUGCAGACAAUAUAUCCAUGCCAAACCCAAACAGGAUUGGGAUUAAUUAGGGUUGAUGUGAUGCAGAGAGCAGCCAUGAAGGGUGACAAAGUAACUGAUAAAUGAGAAACAAGCAGCAAACAGAGACCCACAUCACAGUGGAUAUAAACCUUUCUAGAGAUCUCUGUACGUACAGUAGCCAUGAUGCUAGCAACUGAAGUUUUACAACAAUUUUGUAAAGAUUUCUAUUCUUUAUACCUUUUAUCUUUGAGAUGCAAUGAUUUGGAUUAAAUGAAUUGACCCACAAUGACGUACACACUGUCCCUUCAAGCAUUACCAACAUUGAAGCUAAGAUGACAGACAGCACAUACAGUUUGUAAAUGUUCUGUCUAUUUUAACAUGAUGCUUUUAUAGUAGAAAUAGUAUUCUGUACAGAAGCCGAUGUGUUGUAGUUCCUUUGGCGUGUUGUCCUCUUAGCUGCGGCACUCCCUUUUCUGCAUUAGUCUGAAAUGAGAGUUGAGACCAGCAAACACAGGCCCCGUAGCGUGCUCCCUCUGUCUCUCUCACUCUCCCUCCCACUGUCUCUCUCACUCUCCCUCCCUCUGUCUCUCUCACUCUCCCUCCCUCUGUCUCUCUCACUCUCCCUCUUUGUUUCUCUCUCUGUGUCAUCACUGGAGGAGAUGAUGUAAUAAAAGAGCACCAAGCACUGAAUAAAAACAAACGUGGACUCUGCA